GUUUAUGGUUUUGGUACUGAAAAUAAAACAUCGAAUUUAAUUUGUACUUUAUAUAUUUUUGCUUAAUAUCUUGACUGUAUCUUGUAAUUAAUUGUAGUAAAAAAACCCCAAUUGUUUAUUUUACAAAUGUCUGCUAGUAUUACAUAUACCCAAAAAUUCGAACUAAAUAUUAAUGUUACAGAGUCAUGAAUAUUGUAAUGUUUACCAUCCCGGCCUUUCGUAGCAGUUUAGAGCUUUUGCAGAAAAUAUGGCCUGUAACUCUCGUGAAAGUGAUAUAAAUCUGAACACUGUGUCCGAUUUAACUGAUGACAAUAAUAUUGUUGAUGAUCUAUCUAUAAUUCCCCUCGAAAAGGACAGUUUUGCAAUAUGUGAAUUGUGUGGUCGCGUCGGUCGACGGAAUAAUUUUUAUCAGCGCAAUAACAAGUUCUGUUCUUUGCGAUGUUGUACAAGCAGUACCAGACGUCGACAUUGUAACUGGAGAUUCAAACUAAUGGAAGGCACAGAACACAUGGAGGGCAUGAUCCCUUUGGAGCCCUUACCACAACUUCAGCAGUGGCAGACUGCAUUAAAUGAUUUGCAGGCUGGACCUAUAAAGCAAUCUGCAGCACUAGUGGCAAAUAGUUAUGAAUGGAAGGAUGAGCUGUUUGGCUGCGACUUUUUAGCUGCUCCAGUCAGUUUGUUUAAACAUGCACCUCUCCAUGAGAUGUGGGACAAUACCUUUGAAGGUAUGAAGGUGGAAGUGAAAAACACAGAUUGUGAUAAUCCAUCAGAAAAGUUGAAUGAUUAUUUCUGGGUGGCUACAGUAUUAAAAGUAAAAGGUUAUAUGGGUUUAUUACGAUACGAGGGAUUUGGUAGUGACGAUUCUAAGGAUUUUUGGGUAAACUUGUGCUGUUCUGAAGUUCAUCCAGUAGGAUGGUGUGCGACUAGAGGCAAGCCGCUUAUACCUCCUCGUACUAUUGAAGAUAAAUACACUGAUUGGAAAAAAUUUUUAGUGAAGCAGUUAACUGGUGCUCGUACAUUACCAGCUAACUUCUACAGUAAGUUAAAUGAUAGCCUGAUAUCAAGAUUUUCAAUUGGAUCCAUCUUGGAGGUUGUGGAUAAAAAUAGAAUAUCACAAGUUAAGGUGGCCAGUGUAUGCGAAAUUGUUGGGAAGAGGUUACAUAUAAAAUAUUAUGACAGUUCUCCAGAAGAUAAUGGUUUCUGGUGUCACGAAGAUUCGCCCCUUAUCCAUCCAGUUGGCUGGGCAUUUCGAAUUGGGCACCCCUUAGACGCACCACAAAGUUACUGUCAAAGGGUAGCAGCAGGACGAUUGAUACCAAGUGAUUCCACGCCAGAUAUGUUUCACAAAUAUCCUAGCAAUGAACCUCCAUUGUUUGCUGAGGGAAUGAAAUUGGAGGCAAUAGAUCCCCUGAAUUUGUCCGCUAUAUGUUCAGCAACGGUCAUGCAGAUAUUGAAUGAAGGUUACAUGAUGAUUAGAAUAGAUUUUUACCCAGUCGACGCGUCGGGUGCCGACUGGUUUUGUUAUCAUCAGCGGUCACCCUGUAUAUUUCCUGUUGGAUUUGCAUUAGCAAACAACAUACCUUUGGUGCCUCCUGCUGGGUUCACAAUGGAAGAGUUUAAUUGGGAGCAGUAUCUCUCGAUGACAUGUAGUCCUGCGGCGGGACGGUCUCUGUUUGCGGCGCGCGGUCACGUGGUCUCGCACGGUUUCGUAGCCGGCAUGCGGCUAGAGUGCGCGGACCUGAUGGACCCCAGACUAGUCUGCGUCGCCACCAUAGCGAGGGUGGUCGCUGACCUUCUCAAGGUGCACUUCGACGGCUGGGGCACGGAGUACGACCAGUGGCUGUGGGCGCACAGCACGGACGUGUACCCGGUGGGGUGGUGCCGCGCCGUCGGACACCGGCUCGAGGGCCCGCUGCAGCCGCCGCCGAGGCUCGCGCGGCUCGCACGCAAACCGUCGCACAAGCAGCAGCGACGCAGACGACGCCCGCACGUUCCGAAAACAUCUUCUCAACCACCAACCACAACAGAGGAAAGCUCUCAAUAUUCUGACAUGGGUGACACCAAGAGUCUUUCGCCGCCGACCAGUGUAUCGGAGAUAUCAGUAGAGAACGAACUUAAAAUUGAUGCAGAGACGUUAUCUGAUAAAAUGGAGACAGAUACAGAAAUCACGCAUGAGCUAGAACUCCCUGAGCCUAUAGCUGAUAUCAGUCAGGAUUUUUCGAGUAUUCCCACAGACAUAUCACAAGAUUCAAGUCAACUCGUCGCUGAACCGUCCCCGGAAGUUCCAACGGAAGAGACGACGAUAAAUAAUGAUAAGGUGAUACCUAGACUAGUCAACACCACUGUGCCCUUAGAUGUACUAAAUACGGUCGAUCCAGAGAACUGGACGACGGCAGACGUAGCUAAGUUCCUUACUGUCAAUGAUUGCCAACCGUACUGUGUUAAUUUCGGUCAGAUAACAGGACCUAUGAUGCUGCAGUUGUCUAAAGAUGAAAUAAUAGAGUUAUUAGAAAUGAAAGUAGGCCCGUCAUUAAAGAUUUUUGAUUUAAUACAACAAUUAAAAUGCAAAAUAAAACAACCUCAAUGUAGAUUGUUAAGUAGCUUUAAGUAGUUUUAGUGCAUAAGUUGCUUCACUUGUAUGUAUAUAUAAGAGAUCAUUCGCUUAAAGUAACAAUGUCGAACUAACAGGAAAUGCAGGAGGGACCAUAGUCUUUUGGAAUAGCAAUGUGCCAAUGCAUAAAUGGUACCAUGGUGGUCUUAUCCGCGGUGAUGUUCAUAUAUUUAUGGGCGACAUACCGUAAUACAUAAACGUGGUGUUUCAUUAAUUUUCACUAGCUAAUAUUUUAAAGGGCACAUUGUUAAAAAUAUAAUAUAAUAUUUUUCAUGGGGCUUAUUUAUCUUAUAAUUUCCAAGUGAAAUUUUAUCUCAUGUAAUCGUGGAAUAUUUUUUUUGUUAACAGAGGAUGCAAAAACAGUAUAUCAAUUAUACAUAAUAAAGAAACCAAAUAUAUUAUACUUUUUUCCAAUGAUAGUCUGGAUAAAUACAAAAUACAGUUCAUUUAAUGAAAUUUUCGUUUUUGUACGUGAAUUUAACUGUAAAGUAAUGGCGAAAAUUAUGUGCAUAUAUAACAUUUUCUAAUGGCAAUCGCUAUACAGAUAGAUAAAUUGCUAAAUAUCUUAAAACAUUUUACGAUGCAGCUUCACUACAUCUAGAAAAAUCACAAAUAUAUUUAUUGAUUUGAUUGGAGCACUGAUGGCGGUUGUCAAGCACGAUUCUCUAAACCUAGCAUAAUUAUACACUGCAAAAAUAUUAAAGAACAAGUAAAUAUCUUUAGAAUUGUACUUCAAUAUUCAUAUCACAAAUACAUUAGUAUUAGAUUUUAGUCAAACUAGUUUAAAUUUUGUUUAUUGCGUAAUGUAUUCUUGUACUUUCACUAAAAGAGAAAAUUUUAUAAUUUUACUAUAGUUGUAGAUUUAGAAUAUGGUAUUAUAUUUUGCGCCACCACAUGGUAUUUAUUUUAGCACGCAAGACCUGUUGAGUUGGUAAUGGAAUUGACUAUGUAACUGUAUAACUGAGUAGCUUUAAUUGUUGUUUGAUUGUUUGAUAAAUCUCGCUCAUUUUAUACACUGACAGUGAAGCAACUUCUACUAUAAAUUAUCGUAUAUUUUAUUAUAUUCUGCUCUCCCUCUAUUUUUUUUGUAUAAUGAGAGUACACGAUAUUUUAACAAAUUAUUUGCAAUCAAUUUAGCCUAAUAAUUUCAUGCGUUAAAUAAGAAUUAUAUGGUAUCUAUUACAUUUUAUUGCGCUUGUGUAAGCAUUUUUAUGGAACGAGCUAUUUUUUUUAAUUGAUGUUAUAAAUCAUGUCUUGACAGAUGGGUCGGUCCCAUCGAAACUAAACUUGAAAUCACAAUUAAAUAAUUGUUAUUUAAAUAUUUAUAAAGUUAUUGAUAUAGUCGGUUCUUAACACAAAUAAUUUUAUGGUAAAUAAUAUAUUUACCCCGGUAUUAUAUCCUACCUUUAGAACCCGACUAACUAUAUAAAUAUUUUUUACUGAACGGGAUAAAUGAAAAGUAAUUAUUUAAAGUAUUUUUAAACUUGAUAUUUUUUAAGUCUAAGGACGGAAGGUAUGUAAAAACGACACAGAUAGCUCAAAAAUAAGUUGUCUAUUUUUAGAUAAAUUGUGUGGCAUUCAGUGAUAUUUAUGAGUAAUAACAAAGGAUAUGAUGUUAGUAUGUUUUUACAAGUUGACUAGGUAUUCAUAGUAGUAAUAUUGGUUUAUUACUCGUACAUUUGUAAUAGACAUUCAUAUUAUAUAGCAAUAAUAUUACCAUUACUAAAAUAUUUACGCAGUUGCCCAAAUCAUGGAUAGUUUUAUAAUCAUUAUUUAUUAUGUAUUACAAAAAAUUGUAGGGUCAUUAUGACAUGACUACAUCCACGGAACAAAGAAGUAAAUAGAAAGAUAAUGAUAAAAAAAUAUUUAGAAAACGCCUGCCGCCAACACAAACACAACAAAUUAAUUAGCUACGUAGCCAAUCAAAUAAAAAUAAUUUUUCGUUUCAAAAGACAGAUAUUACUAUUCUUUUAAGUUUUGUGACUUGAAGAUGUUAAGUACGCAGUAAAGUAAUACACUCCAUACAAAAAAAUUGUACAAUUACGUAUUUUUAUGUUUGUUACAUUAAUUUAGUUUAAAAAUAUAUCAACCAACAAUAUAUAAUUAUAAACGACAUUAAUAUGGCUUUGCUCAAUUGUAGUACAAAAUAUGUCUGACCCGCGCCAAUUGUCACGUACAUCGAAGUAUGAAGUAUUAAACUUAGUUGUGGCAUACGGUUUAUCUCGUUGCUCCCGUACCAUUUCUACCUACCUUUUUGUUCUGUGACUACAUUACAUCACAAAUUGUUGAAAGUUAACAAAUUAUAUUUUAAGAUAUUACUUGUACUGUUAUUAUGUCAUUUAAAAAGCUUCAUUUCUUCGACAUAGAACUGUAGAUUUCCAUAUAGCUAAGAUAGAAAUCUUAGCCCUAUAGAAAAAUAAAUAGUCAUUAGUACUUACAUACUCACGGAAAUUGUACCAAUUAUUAUUAUAAAUAACAAAAACAAACUGUUAAGAAAAAUAUAGAUAUAUCUAAAUCGCUCAUAGCACUAACGUAUGUCGCAUGCCAUUGGUCUUAUUUUAGAGAAGUGCACAUUUUCUAAGUACAUA